ACGCGCUGCGGAGGGGGGCGCUCCCCGUCACGUGACGCGGCGCGGGGGUCACGUGGGACGGCGGCGGCGCCGUCAUGGCGGCCAUGGCGGCGGAGAAGGAAGCGGAGGCGCAGCGGUUGCUGAGCGAGGCCGAGCGGAAGGUCCGGGGGGCUCAGUCCUUCCUCGGGGGCCUCUUCGGGGGUUCCUCACGCCUGGAGGAGGCCUGUGAGUGCUACACCCGCGCUGCCAACCUCUUCAAAAUGGCCAAAAACUGGAGCCAGGCUGGGGCUGCCUUUUCCCGAGCAGCUCAGCUGCAGCUGCAGCUCCAGAGCAAACACGACGCCGCCACCAAUUUUGUGGACGCCGGCAACGCCUUCAAGAAGGCUGAUCCACAGGAGGCUGUCACGUGCCUGCUCCGCGCCAUCGAGAUCUACACGGACAUGGGCCGUUUCACCAUCGCUGCCAAGCACCACAUCUCCAUUGCUGAGAUCUACGAGAGCGACCUGCUGGACAUUGAGAAGGCCGUGGCGCACUACGAGCAGGCGGCCGAUUACUACAGAGGGGAGGAAUCCACCAGCUCAGCCAACAAGUGCCUGCUGAAGGUGGCUGCGUACGCGGCCCAGCUCGAGCAGUUCCCGCGCGCCAUCGACAUCUACGAGCAGGUGGGCUCGGUGGCCAUGGACAGCCCCCUGCUCAAGUACAGCGCCAAGGAGCAUUUCUUCAGGGCUGCCCUGUGCCACUUCUGCAUCGACAUGCUCAAUGCCAAGCUGGCGGUGCAGCGCUAUGAGGAGAUGUUCCCGGCCUUCUCCGACUGCCGCGAGUGCAAACUCCUCAAGAAGCUGCUGGAGGCUCACGAGGAGCAGAACGUGGACGCCUUCACCGACGCCGUGAAGGAGUUUGACUCCAUCUCCCGCCUGGACCAGUGGCUGACGUCGCUGCUGCUGCGCAUCAAGAGGAGCAUCCAGGGAGAGGAGCAGGACCUGCGCUGAGAGCGCCCCAAAACGCCCCAAAACAGCCCCAAAACACCCCAAAAAUAGGGUGAAAAUAUACUAAAAACAGCCCCCAAAAUAGGGUAAAAAUGUGCUUAAAAUGCCCCCAAAAAUAUGGUAAAAAUGUGCUUAAAAUACCCCCAAAAAUAUGGUAAAAAUGUGUUCAAAAUACCCCCAAAAAUACUCCCAAAGCCCUCCUAAAAUAUGCUAAAAAUACCCUCAAAAAUAUGGUAAAAAUGUUCUUAAAAUACCCCCCAAAAUAUGGUAAAAAUGUGCUUAAAAUACCCCCAAAACCCUCCUAAAAUACGCUAAAAAUACCCCCAAAAAUACCCAAUCCUCCGCUGCAGAAAAUGUGUUAAAAAUACCCCAAAAAUAUCUUAAAAAUACAAAAAAAAAUGAUAAAAAUACCCCCGAAAACCCCCUCAGAAAAUGCUAAAAAUACCCCCCAAAUACCCCAAAAAUAUCUUGAAAAUACCAAAAAAAAAAGAUAAAAAUACCCCCAAAAAUACCGCAAAACACCCACAAAAAUAGGCUAAAAAUACCUUAAAAAAGACUCGAAAAACACCCCCAAAAAAACCCCAAAAAAUUGACUUAAAAAUACCCCAAAAUUCCAAAAAUCCCCCAAAAAAUUCCCCCAAAAAUCCACAAAAAAAACCCCCAAAAAUCCACAAAAACCCCACCAAAACCCCCCCCAAAAAUUAGCCUAAAAACGUAAAAAAUCCCCCCAAAAAUCCCUCAAAAAACCCCCCAAAAAAACCCCCAAAAUACUACAAAAAAUCCCCCAAAAUCCCACAAAAAUACCGCAAAAAAACCUCAAAAAAACCCCCAAAACAGCACCAAAAAAAACAGCAAUAAACCCCUCAAGAUCACCCCAAAAAUGCUGCAAAAAUUCCCCAAAAAAAUUCCCCCAGAAUUCCCCUCUUCCCCCUGGUGCCUUCCAGAACAUUCCUGGCCCCGCCCCUGCCCCCCGCGGGCCCUCAUUAAAUAUUCAUGGACUUGG